AUGGUCAAAGCGGAGAAAAGCAGUAAGAUAGAUCCUAGGAAGCGCUUCACCAUCCUCAAGCACUUCUGGUGGCCGUGCUUCUACGCCGUCGUCAUCGUCUUCGCCGUCACGCCCCAGCUGCAGGGGAUGCUCAUGGACUACAACCAGCCUUCAUGCCAGCUCGUGAAGACGCCCAUGGGCGCGGCCGAGACCCCUGUCCUGACCUGGGACGAGUCCUGUGUGACGUCUGGUUGCGACCGGCUCACCCUGGGUCCGUCUUCUGCUAACUCGUCCCUAUUCGACCUCAUCAGGGCGAAGAAGGAGGCUUUUACCUCUAUUGGCGCCGAUGCAGCGACUGCGUUCGCCGCUGUCCAAGAUGAUCGCUCAGCAUUUGUCGAUUAUGAUAAGAACAACGCUGACGAAAAUCUGGGCGGGUUGUUUCUCCCUUCGGACGACUCGCUCCCUUUGAUCGGAUACCGCCAGCGUGUCGGCAGCAGUACAGCCAGCGUCCUAGCCAACCUUUGGAGCCAGAUGAUCAGCGGAGUCGACAUCAUCAUGUCCCGGGGGACAUUCGGAUCGACAGCUCGUCCGGGAGGAAGCUCUAUCGGCAUGAUAUACGUCAUGUUCUUUGCCUUUGUACAAGCCAUAUACCCCGCGGUAUUUUCUCUUUACCCAGCCAUGGAGAGAUCACGCAAGGUGCGCGCUCUCGAGUAUGCCAACGGUGUCACCCGAGGGCCGAUCUGGGUCGCCUACGGCAUGUUUGAAUUCAUGUGGGUAUUGUUGAUAUCCGCAGGUGUGACGUUGCUGCUCUCGACACGGAACUUGAACGGGUCCCCGGGGGUCAUGUUCUGCGUGUUGGCCCUGUACGGCUUGACAGGCGUGUUCACAGGAUACAUCAUUUCUCAUUUUACCCGCGGGCCCUUGAAAACCUUCAUCACGACUUUUGCCCUGAGUAUUGUGUUCUACGCUGUGUCAUUUCUUGCACUUGUGGUUGGUGCCCAGAAAGCAGACGCGGCGCAGCAUGAUGCGACUAGCAUGGGCCUCGCAUUCGGUCUCAACUUGAUCUUUCCGAUAGGCAAUGUUUUGAGAGCCAUGUUCAUCGGGCUGAACAUUUUGCAAUUCGCAUGCUCCGGAGACGAGAUCUCAUCAACAGGCUCGAUAUAUGGCCUUGGGGGUCCUCUGCUGUACCUCAUCCUUCAAUCGACCGCUCUGCUGCUGAUACUCAUCAACCUGGAGAACAACAGUCUUGCCUUUUUCUGGCGGCAAAAACGACCGGGCCGAGUUGUAGUGGCACCAACAGGUUACGUCCCCAGUCCUGAGGUUCAGCAAGAGCAGAUGAGAGUCAAGGGGUCUCACGAUGACCUUUUGCAGGUACUGCAUGUGAGCAAAUCCUUUGGCGCCCUCAACGCCGUUGAUGAUGUGUGCUUUGGCUUGCCAAGAAAUGAUAUCCUGCCUUUACUUGGGCCGAACGGGGCGGGCAAGUCGACCUUGGUCGGCAUGCUUCACUCACAGCUUGUCCCUGACGGCGGCAGCAUCAUCCUCUGCGGGGAUGGCGCGAGGAGCCCUUCGGCGCAGAGAAACCUCGGAGUUUGCCCCCAGCACGACGCUAUGGAUCUCAUGACGACCGAGGAGCAUCUACCUUUUUACGCCCGUGUCAAGGGGGUCCGCGAUCCCAAGAGAAAUGCCAAGUGCAUCAUGGUUAAGCUGGGCCUGUCCCCUCAUGAGAACACAAUGGCCGCAAAGCUGUCAGGUGGGAACAAGCGGAAGCUCAGUCUCGCCAUUGCGCUGAUGGGCAUGCCUUCUGUCCUCAUCCUUGACGAGCCAACUACGGCAAUGGAUGCCCUGGCUAAGCGGGCGUUCUGGGGCAUUGUGCGGAGUGUGGCCCGGGACCGGUCCAUCCUCUUGACGCAUGGAGGAAGCAGAUGCACUCGCGACUCGAACGGCUAUCAUGAAGAGACGCUUCUUGGCGAUCGGGACAACGGAAAGUACAGCGACUUGUUCCACAUUAACUUAUUGCUUACCAGCGCGCCCGGCUCGACGCAGCAGGAGACACAACAAGGACAGGGGCUUGGCAUUGCAUACUCCACUGUCACAAACUCGACGCUGGAGAACGUGUUUGCCAGCGUCAUCGAAGAGUCAAUAGCAUACGAUGAAGAUCAAGCAGCGGGCCUGCAUGGUGAUGAUAUUCCUUUGAAGCCACUUCCGUCCGCCGCUGCCCGGCCAGACGAGUGA